UUUUAAAAAAAUGUGGCCCUCAAGUUUUCUCAACUCAACAAUUUUGGCACUAAUGGCAAAACAUUUGGACACCACUGGUUUAUGCAGUUAAAGAAUACGGUUAUUUCUUCUCCAUCCCCCUUUAUGAAACUUUCUAAAGGAUUAUGUAAUGACUGGCCUGCACCGUCCCGCCUUGUCUGCACCUGCCUCACGGGCCUGGCUCUCCUCGGGACGCUGGCUCCACGUGAGGAGGCUGCAGCCAGAUGGGACGCCUCGGCACGCCAUCCCUCCAGGCUCCUGAGGUUGGACUGCCGUUCCCCACAAACGACUCUUCCAGUACUUUUCCUUUUGUAAGGAGGGAUAAAUGGGAGGGUGUGAGGGAGACGGAUAAAUGUGUGAAUGUCCACGUCGGAGCCACAUUCAACAGGUUCCAAGAUGGAGUUCAGAGGAUUUUCUGUUCUGCUGAGCGUCUUGCUGCUCAUCCACUGCUCACUGCAGCAGACUGCAACCAGGAAGAAGCCGGUGAAGAAAGAUACAUUGCGGGAUUCUGCUGUGGUGGAGCUGCAGAAACAGAUUGAUGAAAUCGUUCAGGAUCUCAACCUGCUGAAGGAAAAACAAGCUCUGCAAACAGUUUGUUUAAAAGGUGAAAAGAUCCAUGGGAAAUGUUUCUUGGCCGACCCUCUGAAGAAGCGCUACCACACUGCCAGUGAGGACUGCAACUCCCUGGGCGGCGUCCUGGCUACUCCCGCCUCCAGCGAGGAGAACGACCGGCUCCGGGACUACAUCCGUCAGAGCGUCGGCCCGGACAGGGAGGUCUGGCUCGGCGUCAACGACAUGACCACCGAGGGCCAGUGGAUGGACCAAACUGGCUCCAGCAUCACGUACAAAAACUGGAACACGUCCAACUUCAGGUCUCCUCAGCCGGAUGGCGGCAAGUCGCAGAACUGCGCCGCCAUGACGUCGACCGACGGAAAGUGGCUCGAUGAGAACUGCCGCGAAGAAAAGCCCUCAGUUUGCGAGUUCAACAUCGUUUGAACCAGAGGUGUAAAAGUACUCAGUUACUGUACUUAAGUAGACUUUCAGAUACUUGAGUACUUAAUUUUACUCCCUACAUUUUAAAUAUCUACUUUCUGCUCUUUAUAUUUUCACAUAUGAUGAAAAAAUAAUGACGAAAGAAAUCCACCGUUCACACAAAAAGUGUUAUAGCGUCAAUAUUUCACCAAUCAGUUGGACGCAACCAAAGUGAAGAAGAAGAACACGAGAAAAACAACAUGGAUGGAGGCUUUAAUCCAGGAGUGUCCAAAUUGUGGCCCUUGCUGUGAUUUUGUGCGGCACUUGGCAGCUCAAAGUUGCAGUGAAAUAUUCACUGCCUUUCAAAUAUAUAUAGGAAGUCUUCUAAAUAUUCAAGGUACAAAACAAAUACUCAUUUAAUUAAGUUUCACAGCAAACAUUACCACAAACAAUCAGAAACUUUUACUCAACAGCAGACUUUGUUGCACACUUUUAGAAAAUUUCAGUAAACUCCAAUAAAAAAAGGAAACGUUUUAGAAGAAUGCGGCACCGGUAUUCUGAUCUUGUUGCUAAAAAUACACUAAAAAAAAUUCAAAUAUAACAGAAAAAACAUUUAAGAUAUUGCCUGUAUUUUUUGUUCUGUUUUAUCAAACCUGCUAGAUUUUGUGUUUCAGAUCGACAAUCAUUUACCGCCUCCUUUUCUACAGAAGUCACACUUGUUUAUUUUAAUAAACCUUUAUGUUGGAUUUUCUCCAAUUUUUUAGAAAAAACUUUUUUACAAAUCUAUCUUUUGUGGCCUCCCGUUGCUUUCAGUUUGACAGUUUUGGCCCAUGAGGUAAAAGGUUUGGACACCAUUGCUUUAACCUGAGUGACAUCGUGAACAACAGAAAAAUACAUUUGGAGACUCAAAACAUUCUCCGCCUGUAGCCUCAUUUUUAAAAAAUCCCUCCAUGUUGUUGACUCAAAGAACGAUUAGUGACGAAUUCUCUGCUUUGUGCAAUUAAAUCACCCUAAUUGAGAUUUUGUUUUAAGAAAAACUAGACCCUAUCAGUAUUUUUAUCUUUUUACCAACACAGAGCAUCUUGUGAGCUCUUAAAAGUAACGUAUUUUGUAUGACUAAAAUACAAAAAAAAGUACUACUUUUUUACUUUUACUUGAGUAAAACAGUCCGUCCUUUACUUUUACUAGUUUUCUUUCAUACAAGUAUCUGUACUUCUACUUGAGUAGAGACUGAGUACUUUUACCACCUCUGGUUUGAUCCCACUUAUCUCAACAUGGACUCUGCAUUUUGUUUCAGCUGCUUUGUGUUUGCACUCUCUCUGCUGCCUGCUAUUCUAAAGACGAGUUUAAACCAGUGAUUUUCAGCUGCAUCCUGACCAAAAUGAGAUGUGGAGGUCACAGUGGGUUUUAUUUUUGACAAAAGUGAUGUGCUGGUAUGUCAUUUGCCGCGUUCCUUGUGGGUGCAGUAAAACCAGGAGGAAUACAGUCCAUUCUAUUAAAAAGAAAACAACUGAAUGCAGUAAAUAUGGUUUAUUUAAUACUCACUGAAUAAAGUAUGAAUAAAGGUGCUGGCACCUUUCCAGGAAAUAUUGGUUAAGCAUUAAAUUUUUUCCUCAUUUCACACCAAAUCAAAUUUAUGUCUCAGUCUGAGAAUCACUGGUCUAAACUUUACUGCAUUUAAAUGAAAAGAUACAAAAGUUGAGUAAAACAGCAAUUUUUUUAAAGCAAAUUGACCUUUUAUGUACUAAUCCUGUAUUCUUCUGUAAUAUCUUGUGUGAUUUAUUCUUUCAAUAAACUUUGAACAUCA